AGAAGAAAGAAGUGGAUGAGGCAAGAGAAAAAAAAAAUCGCAGUUGUAGAGAAAGUACAGCGGGAGCAGGACCAGCGAGUUUAAGGAGUAGAAAGGGCAGGGGAAUCGCAACGGGCAGGGUAGGAGAAGCCGUGGUGGAGGAGUCUGAAGGUUGGAAGUAGGCGAAAUCGGAAGGUGGAGCAGAGGGUGGAGGAAUAGCAGUAAAAGGAGAAGGCGGAGGGUGAAAACAGUUGUAGCAGGAGCUAGUAUCUGGCCGUCCUGGAGGGAGGCUGUAGGAGGAGUUGAGGAUUGAAGAAGGUGUGGCCUUUUACCACAUUCCCGCCCACACCAGGUCGGCCUGCGAGGAGGAGUGAAGAUGGCUGUGCGUCCCUUAGGAAUGGAAGGGACGCCGGGAUAGGCUGUGCCAUAGGUUUCGAAUUUGCCAUUUGGAGCGAUUGUUAAGACUAGUGGGUGCGCGCGUGCCGGGCGAAGAAUGCACGGGGCGCGGCGGCUGGCUCCCCACUGCCGUCGCAGCGUCCCUUGCUCCCCGCCUUAGUACUGGCUGAGGAGGCGAUUCACGGUGGAGGCAAGUGGGGCCGCGGAGGACCGUGCGGUCAUGCCGUGGCUAAGCGGCCGUCGGCGGCGGCGGAGACAGACGCGGGAGCUUGCGAGGGAGCCGCCUCAGCCAGCACUCUCUGUGCGCUCCGCGCAGAUGCCGCCUCCGGCUCCUCUUCCUCCCGCCCCCACAGCCCGGGAGAGCGCCGAACUGCCGCUGCCAGCCGGCUGGGAGGAGGCGUGUGACUACGACGGCCGCGUCUUCUACAUCGACCACAACACGCGCCAGACGUCGUGGAUCGACCCCCGCGACCGGAUAACAAAGCCACUGACCUUUGCUGAUUGUGUUGGAGAUGAACUUCCAUUAGGAUGGGAAACUGUAUAUGAUAAACAAAUUGGAAUUUAUUACAUGGACCACAUAAAAAAGCUUACCCAGAUUGAGGAUCCCAGAGAACAGUGGCGGCGAGAGCAGGAACGGAUGCUGAAGGAGUAUUUGAUUGUAGCCCAGGAGGCUCUCAAUGCCAAGAAAGAAAUCUACCAGAUUAAGCAGCAGCGGUUCGAGCUGGCUCAGGAGGAAUACCGGCAGCUGCACAAAAUGUGUGAGGACGACAGCCGCUCCUACACUAGCUCCUUUUCAGGAUAUUCAACAAAUACUAAGUACAACCCACUUCAAAUUAAAGCGGAAAUAGCAACUCAUCGGGACAGGCUUUCCAGAUUAAAACGAGAGCUGACCCAGAUGAAGCAAGAACUGCAGUACAAGGAGAAGGGGGUGGAGACCCUGCAAGAGAUUGAUCGUAAGAUGUCAAGUGCUCACACCACUUACAAACUGGAUGAGGCACAGGCUAUAAUGAGUGAGCUCCGCACUAUUAAGAAAGCCAUUUGCACUGGUGAGAAGGAGAGGUGGGACCUGAUGCAGAGCCUGGGUAUGCUUACCGAUGGUUUCAAGAAUUACUGCUUUAUUACUGACCCUCUACAAGAUUUUCCUCAUAAUGCUGGUCCACUUUUAGAAUCUUGUUUGCCUCAACAGUUCUGUGAUGCUGGAUCUCAGACUGACAUCAUUGGAGAGUUUGCCAGUGAUGACAAAACAAAUCUUAUAAACCAAAUCAGACUUAAUUGGCAAUAUGAGGAAGCCAGAAAGAGAGUGUCGACGAUCCAGCAGCAGCUGGCCCAGCUUGAUAAGGAGUCAUGGCCGGGCCUGGGCGAGGCCGACAGGGACCGGCUGCAGCUCCUUAAGGAAAAGGAAGCCCUGCUUCAAGAGCUGCAGCUCAUCAUUCAGCAGAGAAGGCCGGUGGAAGAUGUGGCCCAGCUGGAGGAAGAGAGGAGGCGCCUGGAGGAGGAGAUCCAGCGAGCGCAGGCCACAUCGGUGCAGGGUGCCACGGAAAGGAUACUACUUCAGGAAAAAAAAAAUUGUCUACUUAUGCAGCUGGAAGAGGCUACCCGCUUAACAUGUUAUCUCCAGUCUCAGUUAAAAAGUCUGUCCGCCAGCACCCUGACUGUGUCUUCGGGGAGCAGCCGCGGGUCCCUGGCCUCCAGCCGGGGCUCGCUCGCCUCCAGCCGCGGGUCCUUGAGCUCCAUCAGCUUCACCGACAUCUACGGCCUCCCGCAGUACGAGAAACCCGACACCGAGUGUGGCCAGCUUCUGCGCUUCGAUCUCAUUCCCUUCGACUCCCUGGGACGAGAUGCCCCCUUCUCAGACCCCGCGGUCCCCUCGGGCUUCCACAAGCAGAGGCGCUCCCUGGACACGCCGCAGUCCUUGGCAUCGCUGUCCUCUCGCUCCUCCCUGUCCUCUCUGUCUCCCCCGAGCUCGCCCUUGGACACGCCCUUCCUCCCGGCCUCGCGCGACUCCCCCUUGGCCCAACUGGGGGACAGUUUCGAGGUGCCCGGCCUGGGCGCCCUCGACAGACUGCGGGCUCAGGCCUGUGCUUUGGGGGACGAAGACUUGCAGGGCACGGCAUCCCUUCAGCCGCACGGGUUCCCCGGGGAUGGGGAAGGACCUCGCGAGCGAGGACCCCAAGUGACCGCCGCUCCCACGGCUGCAACAGUGACUCUUCGAGAAGACAGUGCCAAGAGGUUGGAGAGGAGAGCGCGCCGAGUGUCUGCAUGCCUGUCGGAUUAUUCACUAGCCAGCGAUAGCGGGGUAUUUGAGCCUCCAACCAAAAGGAGUGAAGAUACUGACGAGUCUGCACACGGAGACGCUUGUGGGAAUGAAGGGCCCCAGAUCCACGUUGGAUUUUUGCUUGACAGUGCCAGUGAGUGUCUUCUUGUGAAUGUGUUCCAGCUAAAGAAUUUUGCAGAACUGGUCAUGAAGGAAGACUGCAAAAUACACAUACGAGUCUAUUUCCUACCAGUCAGUUCUGGCACCCUGAACAGUUACUGCUCUAAGGCUCUGGAAUUCCAGUCUCCCCUGAUAUUUAAUGAAAUUUUCAGAAUCCCUGUGCAUUCAAGCAUGUUGACGUUGAAGUCACUUCAGUUAUAUGUAUGUUCAGUGAGUCAGCAGCUGCAGGAAGAACUGCUGGGCAUUGCUCACAUCAACCUGGCCGACUACGAUGGGUCUAGCGAAAUGCAGCUGCGCUGGUACGCGCUACAGGUGUUCAGCACCUGCGGGCCGCCCAGGGCGAGGGAGAGCGAGCGGGCAGGGGGUGCCGCCGGGGACCCCGCACAAGCCGCCGCCGCGGGAAAGACGGACGUCGUGACGGUGCUGCUGGCCAGAACCACCGCCCAGCUGCAGGCCGUGGAGCGCGAGCUGGCCGAGGAGCGGGUGAAGCUGGAGUACACGCAGGACGAGGUCCUCGAGAGGCAGCGGAAGGAGGAGCUUGCCGAGGCCGCGUCCGAGAGGAGUUGGCAAGCCGACUCUGUGGAUAGCGGCUGCAGCAGCUGCGCCCGGACCAGCCCCCCACACUCGGAGCACUGCUGCGUUCGUGUCGACCCACUCCAUGGACAUGCAUUUGCUGGCCAGGCUGAUCCUUACAGCCCCGAGAAACUUCAGUCUCCACCUCUGAAGGUUGAUAAGGGAACCAACACAGAAGAUGUCUUCCCUGAAGAAAUAGUGAGUCUUCCAAAGGAGAGGACCAGUCGCAGAACCUGUGGGUCACAUUUUGUUCGGAGUAGCCCGGUUGUCCGUUCACAGACCUUCUCCCCUGGAGCACGAAGCCAGUAUAUUUGCAGACUUUAUCGUAGUGAUAGUGACAGUUCAACACUGCCCCGGAAGUCUGCCUUUGUCCGAAACACCUUAGAAAGACGGACUCUUCGCUGUAAGCAGCCCUGCAAGUCCUCCGUGGCCGAGCUCAUGGCCCGCACCUCCCUGGACCUGGAGCUGGAUCUCCAGGCCUCCAGAACGCGGCAGAGGCAGCUGAACGAGGAGAUCUGCACCCUGCGUGAACUGAGGCAGCGCUUAGAAGACGCACAGCACCGGGGCCAGACAGACCUCCCCCACUGGGUGCUGCGGGACGAGCGAUUCCGGAGCCUGCUGAAGGAAGCAGAAAGGCAGAUGUGUGGAGUAAGAAGUUGCUGUGGCCCAGCUCAAAGCAGGUGCUGCCUGCCUUCUCCUCUAGGGUGUUGCUGGGUUCCUGUCUACCAGACAAGACAGACCAAACUUGACUUCCAUCAAGAACAGGCAGUUGAGAAGAUGCUGAAGAAGGCCUCCAAAGGGGUCUGCCAGCUGCGUGGGCAGAACCACAAAGAGCCAAUCCAAGUGCAGACCUUCAGGGAGAAGAUAGCAUUUUUUACAAGACCAAGAAUUAGAAUACCUCCUCUUCCAGUCGAUGAUGUAUGAUGUAGUGUGUUGUACACAUGAAGUAUUUAUCUGUUUCAUUUUCAUGAAGUUCUUAGACUACCUAAAUUUGUCUUUAAAAUGUUUUCGCAAAGCUAUUAACAUUUUGUUUUUAAGUCUAUAAAUAUGUAUUUUGUAAGUGACAGGAGCAGGGUUUAACCUGUCCUUGUUGUGAAAUUAACAUCUCAAAACGUUAUUUUGUAAAAGAUCAACUAUCAUGUUAAUAGUGUACAGUUUUUACACUAUUUUAUUACACUUAAAGCCUGGAAGACAAACAAAGUGAGUUCAGGCAAAUUCAUUGUAUUGUAAUUUAUUUAUAGUACUUUUCUUUCUCCUCCAAAGAAAAUAUUGACUUUAAGAUGUAUUUUAAGACUAAAAUUUUGUGCUUCAGUAUUUGUCAUGCAGUAGAAUGGAACUUGGGGCCGGUUUUGUUUCUGACACCCAAAAUGCAAACACUCUGCUGAAUUCGUCACUUGUAUCAGUUUCCGAUAUGUGUAUUUACCAUGUAUCUUGUACACUCCGCACUCUGCGUUCGCUUCUGAUACCACCCGCAGCGGCCCCAGGAGCCGCUCACCUGCCACGCGUGCGUUGCUGAGCUCUCUCCCAUGCGGACUGCGCACCAACAGCCUCUCCUGUUGUCUUGUGUGUCUUUGUGUGCUCACUGGGAGUCUGAGGCAGGCCCCCAGCCUUCAGCCUGCCUAUCCAGCGUGGCUGGCCACACUGCCUGCCCUCACCAGACCACAGGCAGCCCCCGCUUUGAGUCUGCCCCAUCCGAUCAUGACCAGCGAGGCAGCGUGGAGCUCCUGCACUAUGACUCUGUCAUGAAGGGAAGUGACGAGAACUAGGAGCGCGUGUUUUCAGAGAAUCCUUGAGUGCACGGGUGGACACAGCGCUUAUAACGUAGAAGUGAUGGCCUUUGAAGGAGCUUGUUUGUGGAAGGAGGCAAGCAUGCGUCGGUAACCGGCAGUUACCCAGUGAGUCACUGACAGGAGAGUAUUUGAUUUAAAUCAAACUCCGCCCCCCCCAUACUGGAGUCUACCCAGUAUUUCCUAAGAAAUCUUAGAAGUAGUUCUUGAGGGAAAAAAAUUAUUUAAUAAAAAUAUACCAAUAUUCUUUUAAAAUGCUAAAUGAUACAAAUAUUUUGCCUAAUAUAUACCUAUUAUAUAUAAAAUGCACUCUCCUUUAUGAGGCUCUGCAUUAAUAAACAAGGUUGAGUCACACAAAAUGUAAAAGAAAAUACAACUCAUCCUGUACAUCUUUCUUCCCCCUCUUUUCCUUUGAAGAUGUCUCUUUUAAUCACUGUGCCUCUCUUUUCAUUGUUAUGGAAUCUCUGUUUGUAUAAGCUGCCUUUCUUUUCAAUUGCAUUAAAAAUAAAUUUUGUGAAAGCAUUUCAUUGAUAAUUGAAUUAUUAUAAUAAUGUAGUUUCUCAGUAAUUCUAUGGCCGAAACUUCAGGCUUUUAACGGUUGUCAUCUGUUGCCAUCUCUUUGUACCUCUGGUCUCCUUUCCCACCCCCUCUUCUCAGUUUCUUAGUAUAUGUACAUAAUGUUAGAGACUCACAAAGCAUUUCUUAUCACAACCAGCUAAGCAGACAGCAUGGUUAAUUAGCUGAAGAUAGUAAGGCCCUCUUUAACUCCCUGCAACUGCUGAAACUUUAAAAUCUAACAACUCUGCCAUUGGAUGCUAGAGGAUGCAGAUGGCAAAUUAUGUCUUUGGUGCAUGGAUGUUAAUGCAGGAAGACUUCCUGGCAUGCAUUGCCUAUCUGCUCUUUUUUUUUUUUUUAGCAGCUGUGCCAAUAUAGAAAUCCUCAAAUAACUGUUCUUGAAUAAAUUUCACUGCUUACAAAAAUCCCUCCCUAUCCAUUCCACCAUCCCACAGAUUUUUAUUUAGAAGUGUUGCUGUUCUUUUUUUAACCCCACCUUUACCAAACAUAAAUAAAGGCCCGCUUCCGUGGCAGUUUACUGGCCUCUUGGGUUUACCACCCCUGUUUUAUUUUACCCUGCCAUAACCUACAUAUGAUUGCUUUUGUAGCCCAGUGGCAUCAUAGUAAAAUGAAGGAAAAUGAAGAUAAGUUUGAGGUUGCCCAUGGAGGGCUGCCUCCUUCAGUGUUCAUUAUCCAUGCUGGAAAAGAGAAGUGGUCAUUGUUAAACUUUUGUAGACAGAUAGGAGCACUUCAUCUUGCAGCUUUUGACCAUUACAGCUACCAAGAGAAUAUCUUACACUAUCAGAAAAGUAAAGUCGUAUUGCUUUAUGUUUAUUUUUUAUAUGCCCUUAAGUUUUAUGACCCCAUCAUAAAGUAGCAUAAAAUAUAUCUUCAAUUAUGAUUUAGAAGCCAGUCAUUCAUAUAUUUUUUCCUGUAUUCAUAUUAUUAAUAAAACAAAUAUUUACUGAGUACCUUCUACAUACAAGGCACUAUUCUAAACACUGCCACAGACAAAUUGCUCCCCUCAUGGAGAUGUCAUAAAUUAUAUGACUUGUAGUGUGCUCAUAUGCUAUGCUUUCUGAUGAGUAAAAGUGCCUUACUAGCAAUUCUAGUCAAAGUGGUCAGAGGUGGAAUUGCUAAUGUUUACAUCCCUUUUCAAGAAACUGUCAGAAAUCUACUACAAGCUUCUCCAAAAAUAAUACUUCAAGUAGAAGACAAUUUGUUUUUUACUUCAUCUGAUCACUGCAUUCUGAAACUUUUGUUGAUAACUGCUUAAAUAAAUAUCCCUCUAUUGUGGGAAUAAGUUAUAAUCAGUAUUUCCCUCUUUAUUUUUGUCACCAUUUUC